CCGAACUACAAACUACCACAUGUUUUUUUCAUAAGCCAGCAAACCGGGUGCAGAAUAAAAAUUACUAUAACUUUUUCCAAAUUCCUGGAUCAAUUUAACUAAAUUAAAUUUCCGACUAAAUGUAAAACAAGCUCGUGAACAAGCUAAAUGUGUGCAUAACUAAGCACUGCUAAUUACUUAGAUUACUCUAGAAAGUUGAAACACCUCGAUUAAAUUCAGGAAAAACAUGAGAUUACGUGCAUGUGUAAAUUAUUAGAAAGAGGCUAACAUAAUUCCGUCCCGAUUAUGGAUAAUUGUCCCACUCGGAAAGGGACGGGUUCCCUAUUUCAAGACUUGCUCAGCUUAACAAUUCCUCUGAAAAGGUGUACAUUUCCGAAUACACGUGUCCCAAAAAAUUUGCAUACAAAUCCAGUCCGAAAAUUGUCCUCGAAGGGAGCGACAUGUUCCAUCUGUACUAAUGAGGUCAAAAAUUUGAAACCCUUUUCCCCCGAGGAACUUGCCAUUAUUGGAGAAAAUGUGCCCUCGUCAUUGCUCAACGUGAACCUGGAUUUUACCUGGAUUUGUUCCCCCUGCGGCUCAAUUUUGGCGACAUUGUCCAAACUGAGGAGGAAAAUAGAAAAUAUAACGAUCUGUCUUCGUACGUUGGUCGGAAUUCGGUUAAGAAAACAAUGUCGAUGUGAGGCCGGUACCGAUGCAGAUAACCACCCCACACAACGUCAACCUGGCAAAAAACGAUCGCGUCGCGACCCGGAUUCUUCUCAUAAAGAGGAUGCUUCACAAAAUCUUGAAAUAUGGGAUCCCCUUGGAUCCCUUAAAGUUGAAGACGGUAUCAAUAUUCCGAUAAUCGGUUCUGUAAGUGGUCCAGUUUCACCACUUCCGGAUGAAAUUGACGCCGGGGACGAUGACGAUGACGACGGCGAUUAUGUCGUAACAAUAAAAGAAGAUCUACAAUCUGAAUCGGGUGAAGAUUCCGGGAUACGGGUUACUUGUCGAAUCCUAUGUCGUCGAAAAGGUAAGUCGUCGAAAUCAACUUGUCGAAUGAAAAACUCGUCCGAAAGGCAAGUCGUCGAAUUUAGGUACCAUGAAACUCGUCGAAUUUCAUGUAACAUUUUUACAUGUGCAUCGUGGGACGGAUAUACGCUGCGGACAUUCCAAAAUACUUAAAAUACUACACAGCAGUAAUUGGGAGGAUUGUUUUGUUCUUUUUACCCUUAUAUUUUACAUUUAAAAUGUCAAAGUACUGUUACGAACUAAUGUAACGCAGCAAAGAGAAGAUAAGCUGUUCUGAUGGAUUUUGAACAAGCUGAGAUAAAAGCUGUACACGACACGUUUCCAGAUGCCGUACUUCACGGGUGCCAUUUUAACUAUUCUCAAAUGUUGUUUAGACAUUUGACACCCAAUUUAAAGAACCAGUACGACCAAGACGUUACAAAUGGUAUUAUUAGCUCACCCUGCGUAGCACGAGAGCUAUUGAAUUCCUCCUGUCCGUCCGUCUGUAUGUUAACGACCUUUUUGCAUCAAUUGAUGCUAAUUAAUGUGUCCCUGGUCCAUUUUUUCAUAAAUUAAUAGCAUCGUUGGUAUCUGACAAUUGGAAACACCAAUUGAUGCAAAAGAAUUGGGAGACUUGAUGCAUAGCGCACCAAUAAUGCAUACUAGUCGGCGGAUGGUAUUAGACAAUUUUGACAUAAAUUUUUCAAAAUUAUCCUUGUUCGUUGGUAGGUAAUUCUGCACCAGUGAUGCACAAUUUUUGGACCGUCCUCGAUGCAUAAUAAUUAUUGCUUCAUUUAUCUGUACCCUUGGUGCAAUAUUGCAUAAAAAUUAUUGAUCUACUUUGUUGGAUUUUUUUGCACCAUUGGGGCAAGUUAGAACCAAAUCAUUAUUACAGGGUGAGCUACUUCUAACGUUACUACGGUUUUCAAAGUUUUCAAAAUUAUGUAUCGCGGAUGGUGCUAAGGCCUGCCGGGUAUGUUGCACCAUUGUUGCAAGAACAUAUAAGAGUUAUGAUCUAUUUCGUCGGCUUAUUUCGCACCUUCGGUGCAAACUUCUGUCUCAAUCAUUAUGACAGGGUGAGCUAUUUCUAACGUUACUACGGUGUAUUAAUUUAAAAAAUAUUCGGUCUCGCAUUUGUUCAGCUCGAUGAUUUAGAGUGGCAUU